AUGUUCCGUUUAACGACCCCUAACAGUACGUCUUGGAUGCACCCUCGAUCUAAGCAUUGGUAUCUUAGUCACCACGUCAUUAUCAGGGCAAGAGGCAGGCGGGAUGUGAGGGUGACAAAGGCGAUGCGAGACGCUGACUGCUGGACUGAUCACUGCCUCAUAAUCUCCAAACUCGACCUCCAUAUUCAGCCGAAGAGAAGGCCUCAAGGACAGAAGGUCACCAAUCGAAUGAAUGUGACAAAACUGAAAAACACGGAGAUUGUAAAUGAUCUUCAGUCAGUCAUGAACAGAAAACUCUCCAACCUCCCCACCCCCUCUAAUGACAUUGAAGAAGUGUUGGCCUCCUUUAGGGACACGGUCCACUAUACUGCCCUCGACGUCCGACCACCAGGACUGGUUGGAAGAAUCCAUGUAUUACUGGAGGAAAAGCGUCGACUAAUUCGAGCCCACCGGAGCGACCCCUCCUGCCCAGCAGAGCAGGCUGUCUUCAUCAACCUGCGCAGCCAGAUACAGACAAAGCUCCGCUCGUUGCAGGACACCUGGCUCAGUGUCAAAGCAGACGAGACUCAGGGCUAUGCAGACUGGCACGACACCAAGCGGCUUUACAAUGCCCUUAACGCUGUCUACGUACUGACCUCAAUCCUCCGGGUCUUCCUUCGUCCUUAG